CAAUUGACGAUUCAAAGUUUGUCGUGGGCUCUCGAUAUUUUAAUAUUUUGGUAUAACUCAUUAUAAAGUGCCGUUUGAAAAACGUUUGAUUAUUCUUGCCACCAAUUCAUCGUCCUUCAUAAACUAAUAAAUAUAAAGCACUUUUAGUUUUUCUCAUUUUUAAGUAUUGAGUUGUAAACAAUUCAAUUACAGCAUGAAAUACAACUAAAGCACCUUUCUUGGAUGUAAAUGCCGUUCACGAAACAAAUUAUUUACCUUUGCAAACAAGUAAAUUUUAUUUGUUCCGUCCUCCGAAAAAAAUCAUGACUGUCGAUUUCUCAAUCAAUACUCAUAAGAAUGGAACGAUUUCCUCCCGUAUUUUGACCAAUGGGCCGACAGGAAAUGAGGCAGUGGGCGAGCGCUCUGCGCCGACCACUCAAUAUGGCACCUUUGUUCCAUAGCGCUAUAAAUAAAUGACCAACACUUUCUGACGACUAAACAUAAGACAUAGGAAUGGUGGUUGUACUUUGGGUCAAGAGAAUGGGCUGCGAACAGGAAUCAUGUUAUGAUCUAGCUAACCUGGAGAAAACCAGAAGGCUAUUUAACAUGUCGAGCGGCGUGAAUUUCUCUAGAAACACUGUGAAGAGGAUAAAACAAAGUGAACUACAGUUGAAUUGUACGAUUCACAAAAUCAACUCCUCGCUAGCGGAGAGUCUCCAUGAAAUUGACCAUACCGUACGGGUGAUAGAGCAGGAACGGACGCAGUCAAAGGGCGAGUUCCAGCCCUACUACCUGAGGCGCAGACACUCCAUAGAACACUCCAUAGAACACUCCGAGUCCGACUCAGUUCCUUCUCCGAGCAGCGAGCAGCGAGAGAGAGCCAGUAGCUUUGGGAGUAACUCGGUACAAAUGAAUAGAUCGCCAUCUAUCAGUGCCACAGCCUCCAAAGAGUCGGUGGCGUCCGAGGAUAGCGCGGGAAAACGCGACGUCAGUCCACACAGGCGUGUUUCCCGGAAAGGCAAGCAUCAAGAGGAGCACCCCAGCAGUAGUCUCUCCCAGUUCUACCAUUUCAGCAGAAUGAAAUCUCGGAGAAACUCGUUACCCAUGAGUUUCAGUCUCCAGAAUUCCCACGACUUCCACGCUCACGGAAGAGACGCUCCUGGCGAGGAUGGCAUCCAUUGUCGUCUGCGCCGCGUGGAACACGAGCUCGCGCACCGGAAGCCAAAGAGCAUACGACAGCUAUCUGCUACAAGUAUGACAUCAAUUGAUGAAAGAAAAGAAAACGAAAAACAGGAAAUGGAGAAGCGGCAGCAGGCGGUGGCAGAAUAUGUGAAUUCUGUGGAGGAAUGCACGUAUCUCCGCGGAAAGAACAAAGGAAUAAAAACUUUAUCUGUUGAGGAGAUCUUCCAUUAAUGUACAUCAUGUACAAAUUACAACCAUUAAAUUACUUUGUCUUGAAAAAUGAAUAACAAUUUGUUUUUGUAUAUAAUUAUGUUUUAUAAGUUUGUACAUAUAUAUAUAUAUAUAAUCACUUUGUUCAACACAAUGCAUUAUUGUUUUAUAUAUUACUGUAUCAUAUUUUGUUUACAAUCAAUAAACCUCACAUUUUUUAUCUCACAUAAUCACUGAUCUGAUUACUGGUUCUCACAAUCAACACUGUAUACAUGUGUAUAUAUAUGUGUACAUUCAAUGGAAUUCACUAUCCAUUACUAUAAAUAUAGGACCAUGCAAUUAAAUAGUUAUUUUGUUUUAAAAAACUAGUAUCAUUACCAAAAUCUUGUCAUAACUUACCCACAAUUUAUAAAACAUCAAAACAAACAA